AACAGAUAACAGGGCAACGCGUUUUUAACGUCAAGAGUUCUUCGGAGUUUUAACCAGUAACCAGUGUCGAUCUUUUCUCGAUCAGCAAAAAGUCUUACGUCGGGAACAUUAUGACGUUUUUUAGCGCGUGAAUAUUUCGUAUCCAACAUUUUUUUCCUCGAGUGUGUGCUUUCAGCAGCGUGGAUCACUCGGGGACAAAGUUGGCGCAUGGAGGAGGAGGAGGCGGCGGUGAAGUCGAGUUGCAGUUUCCCUCCUAGUGUUUGCUGUUGUUUUGCUCGCGGUUCUUAAACACUUGACCAAACGGAAACGUCGAAGGAUUGAAACGAGUCUCUUUUAGCGAGCGCGUCACUUUAUAUAUCGUGUUGAAUUUUUUUCUUCCUUCUUCCGUAAAAGAGCACCACAUCAUUCCGUCGGAUAUGGAUAAUAAACCCCUACUUCCCCCGGCGUACAACACCGUCCCCGGGGCGUAUGACUACCAGCAGCCGCAGGCGGGGUACGGAGCGAUCCCGCAACCCGCACCCGCACCUGCAGCGUUCCCACAGCCUCCUCCGCCUUACCCCUUCCCCGCGGCACAGGGUUACCCAUCAGCUCCUGCUCACCCUGCUGCCACAGGGACUCCAGCAAGCACUUCAAACACAUACACCAUCAUUCAGCCCUCAGUGGUGGUCGUAGGAGGAUGUCCAGCCUGCAGGGUGGGGGUGCUAGAGGAGGACUUCACCUGUUUGGGGAUCAUGUGCGCCAUUUUCUUCUUCCCCCUGGGCAUUAUCUUCUGUCUGGCCCUGCGGCAGAGGAGGUGUCCCAACUGCGGAGCCACUUUUGGCUAGACGGACCAAACCACAGCCACGACUUGCGGCCCAUCGACCAUGGCUCGGCUUCCUUUCUUUUUUCUUUUUUUUUUAAAUCCAUGUUUUACAUAUCUAGGUUGUUUAAAAUGCAACUCACGAGUAAUAGCCCAAUUUAUAAUAGCAAGUUGCCAUACGGUUUUUUUAAAUGUUUUUUUUUUUUCUUGAAAAUACUUGCAAAUGAAAAAGCAGCAUAAAUUUUGGAUUUUGCAUACGCUUUGAAUGACUGUUGGUUUGUGUUCUUUUCUGCAUUUGUUUCUGUCAAUCAAAUAUAAACCAGACGCCAUGUCAUAUUGACUCACUGGUGCCUUUAAAAUGGCUGCGGUUUACAACUGCAGAAGAAUUGAAACCAUAUGGAGACUUUGUGAACAUGUUAAGAGAUGAUGAUCACUAUUUAAAAUUUUCAUAUCUCAGUCACAGAUAAAAUAAUCACACUUUGUUGAUUUCUUUUAAUUCAUACCAAAUUCUUGUUCUGAAUGAGUUCUCGCUGUUUGGAUUUGUAUAGGAUGAGGAUCUAUGCUGCCUGGCACCAUGCUUGUUUUUGGCUUGUUAAGUCUCAUUUUACAAAACAAAAUACUGUUCUUCACCCAAUUUUUAAUCACCAUUAUGAUUAAAUCAUUCUUAGGCUUCUAGAAGACCAAACCACUUCCUCUUCAUUCUUCACAGCAGGCCUGUUUUUAGUGUCUAACUUUACCUUUAUGCCAAGCACCUUCAUUCCCUCUUGCACAACACACACUGUGCUGCUAGUAAAAGAGGUUUUAUAAUCUCAUUCAUUUUUUUUUUUUACCGUUUUUGGAAGAGUCUCAGCUGACCCUUAUUUCAGAAGCCUGAUUCUGAAUGUAGCACUGCACCAAUGAUUAGAGUAACAAUGAUUUUGUUUUUCUUUAAAGUUUCAUUAACUCUGAAAGAAUCUGUAUUAUUUCAGUUUUAAUAUUGAUUAGGAAAUCUGCAUGUAUAACACUUUAAAUAAGCUGUUUUUAUUAUCCACAUCUAAUGGAUACAUACAGAAUGAUAGUGAGCUCUGAGACAAUACUGUUUUCAUUUCCUCUACAAAUGAAAGACAAUCACAAUAGAAUGACACAAACGGAAUCCCUUUGUGUUCAAUAUUUUUCUUCUUCCAUUGAUUACAAAUGUACUUGCUGCCAUUAUUAUGUCAUGUAAUUCAAUGUCGGGGGUUUUUGCUUUAGCCCACUGCAUGUAUAAUUAGUUCUGACUUUUUAUAUGAACAAUACUGUAAAUAAAACUUCUAGAUAUGCCGCCA